CCAUAGUCCUGCCUGCACAGCGCACGCGACACAACCACCACCACCUUCCUUCCUUCCUUCCCAGUUUCCUCUGCAUCUCCGUCUCCCCCUCCCUCUCUCUCUCUCUCUCUCUCUCUCUCUCUCUUCUUCGAUGGAAGCUGGCGAGUGCAAUCGCGUCGCGGCUGCGUAGAUAGAGGAGCGGAGAAAGCGAUCGCGACUGUCGUCGGGGCGCGCGGAGACGCAGGUCAAGCGGGAGCUCGCGUCGCGCUGGGGGUUCGGCCGGGCGGGCGGGCAAUGGAGAACGCCGACGUCAUCCUGGGGCUGCACGAUUUCCUGGAGCGAAUGCGCCAGCCCUCCGCCUCCGACAUCGUCAAGUCCAUCAAGAGUUUCAUUGUCUCGUUUACAAACAAUGCUCCAGAUCCGGAAAGGGAUAGUGUCAUUGUACAAGAAUUUCUCAACAAUAUGGAAGGAGUAUUCAGGAAACAUCCAUUGUGGGCGGGUUGCUCAGAGGAGGAACUGGAGAGUGCUGGUGAAGGAUUGGAGAAGUAUGUAAUGACGAAAUUGUUUUCCCGUGUGUUUGCAUCACAUCCAGAUGAUGUUAAACUUGAUGAGGACCUUUCUGAGAAGAUGGCUCUGGUUCAACAGUUCAUUCGGCCAGAAAAUCUGGACAUCACACCGACCUUUCAGAAUGAAACAUCAUGGCUGCUUGCUCAGAAAGAACUACAGAAGAUCAACAUGUGCAAGGCACCAAGAGACAAGCUAGUGUGCAUCCUCAAUUGUUGCAAAGUUAUCAAUAACCUGUUAAUUAAUGCUUCCAUUGCUUCCAAUGAGAAUCCACCAGGGGCUGAUGAGUUUCUCCCUGUUCUAAUUUAUGUUACCAUCAAGGCAAGCCCGCCACAACUGCACUCAAAUUUGUUGUAUAUACAAAGAUACAGACGACAAUCUCGAUUAGUUGCUGAAGCAGCUUAUUUUUUUACGAACAUGCUCUCUGCAGAGUCCUUCAUCUCAAACAUUGAUGCAAAAGCACUUUCAAUGGAUGAAACUGAGUUCUCGAGCAACAUGGAAUCUGCUCGAGCUCUUUUAUCUGGGCUUUCUGCCGAUGUCGAUGGUCUCUCUAGUCAAACUGAUAGCGCUGGUGAUUAUAUGCCAAGAGCAGGACAGAUGGAAAUGAAAAAUCAAAGUUCUAAUAGAACUCCUGCAACACCGCCCAAAACAUCUGAAACAAAACUGAAGACCAAGUCAGUACCAUAUACAAGUAAUCAGGCAUCGAUGGAAAAAAUUCCAUCCCUCUCUGAUUUGGAGAAUAAAGGGGCAACUAUGCUAUUGAAGGAGGAUCAGGUGAGCAAAACCUUUCAGGAGUUCCCAUAUUUAUUUGCCCAGGCUGGUGAUUUGACAGUAAAUGAUGUAGAAGACCUGCUUAGUAAUUACAAGAGGAUAGUUUUCAAGUACAUAUGUCUUUCCAAAGGGAUGAAUGUUGCCACCCCACAGAUUCCUUCCAAAUUACAAACCGGCGGCCCAAACCAAACGGAAACAGUGAAGAAAUCUCAAGAUAUACACUCUGAGCCACAAGAAGAUAUGGAUAGGACAGAUGAUAGAGUUUCCCUCAUCGAAGAGGAGAGUCUUGUUUCAAAGUCACCGCUGGAUGAACCAUUGGAGCCACAAGGCAACCCUGUUGGCGAGACAUCCUGAUGAUAGGUCAAGUCUCCCUACUUUUUGUUUUGUUUUGUUUUUUUUUUUUUUUUUUUUUAAGGUCCCUUUCAUAUGUUUCUUAGGGGAAGAACACUCCCUUAAGGAGGUCAUAUAUUUGGGACAAUGAACAAAAUGAUAGGUUUGUUCUUGUCCUAUGGUAGAAUUUAGCAGUCAAUCAGUCCUGUUUAAGGGAAUGAGGAUGAUCUUAGAGAGCAUCAACAUCACUCCCUCGUCGUUAAAUUUAGCCCACGUCUUCCUCUACCACUUGCAAAUUUUUUCAGCAGGUUACAGUGAUGGAUAGGUGAUAGUUCGAUGUGCAUUUUGAUUGGUGUGCUAGAUUUGGAUAUUCCACUCUUCAUCAGUUUCAAUAUCAAUGUCUGCUUUAAUGUUCCGCACUUGA